AUGUCCGCGCCUGGAAAUACGACGUCCACAAGAGUCCCCCUGAAUCCUUUGGCUUCGCUGCCAAAGGUCCCGGCGUUGGACAAUACGUUCGGAGCAGUGCUUCUUGGCACCUUCGUCGGUCUAAUAUUAUACGGUCUCACGUUACAUCAGUCAUAUCGAUACCUUCGCUUGUACCCGAACGACUCCCGUGCGCUGAAGUGCCUCGUGGCGUUUGUUGUCCUUCUUGAAACGAUCACCUCUGUCUUCAGCAUGCACGUUUGCUACUUCUACCUCACGACGAACUAUUUUAACCCAGAAGCGCUGCUCCACGGCGUCUGGUCCUUGAAUUUGUUUCCCGUCGCAUCAGGUAUCAUCAUGAUCUCCGCGCAAAGCUUCUUCGCUCGCCGAGUGUGGCAUCUCGGGGCACGUAUCUCGAAGGCAGUUGUGCUGUUUGCGGGCACGCUGUGUAUCGUUGAGAUAGGGUUCUUCAUAGCCGCGUCGGCCGAAGCCUUUAUCAUCCCCACCUUCGCAGGUUUCCGACGAGUCACAUGGCUGGUGUCGACGGGCUCUACCAUGGCUGUCACGGCGGACAUGACGCUCACCGCCGCACUCAUCGUAUUCCUACACCGUAGUCGUACCGGCCUGAAGAGAACCGACACUAUGAUCGACAUCUUGAUCCUCUACUCGGUGAACACUGGGCUCCUGACAGGGAUCCUCAACCUUCUCUCGCUGCUAUUCGCUUUCAUUCGGCCCGGAGACCUCAUCUACAUCGGUUUCGGAAUUGUGGGAGCGAAGAUGUACGCCACAACGCUGCUUGCCGCCCUCAACUCGCGCCAGUCGCUCGCCUCUCAUGGCUCCGGCAUCUCGAACGACACCAACCCCUUCGGGUUCGGAGGCACGGCUGCGCUGCAUAUCAGCCGUCGUACGCGCGGGGGCUCGCAGGUUCACGCGCCGCAGCUUCGACCUUCGCGAACCGAAGAGACAUCGGUCAUCGAACUCAAAGUGCCCUCGCACUUCGGAGACACAGUCCGACUCGGCGCGGAGACAGCGGACGAUAUAGACUUGCCGCGUUCGGAGGCGAGUUCCCAGUAUCGUCGCGCCGCCGAUGAGAACGUUUAG